CGACCGGCCUGCAGGCAUUUCUCACAUUUGUGGCUAAAGAACUGAUGGCAAAUCAUGUCAACCUCUAAUAACAUAGCACAGGCUCGGAAGCUGGUGGAGCAGCUGAGACUUGAGGCUGGAAUAGAGAGAAUUAAGGUCUCCAAAGCUGCUGCAGACCUUAUGAACUACUGUGAGCAACAUGCCAAAAAUGACCCUCUGCUGGUUGGAGUGCCAACUUCAGAGAAUCCAUUUAAAGAUAAAAAGCCAUGCUCCAUCUUAUAAAUGUCAGUUUCUGGACACCUCUGUGGUUCUCAGACCAGCUAUAGAUGUGUGAUGCAAAUAUUUGGAUCAAAUCCAGUUUUAUUAGUAACCUGCAGUUAACUCAGAUUGCUUAAUGUUUUUGCAAAGUGCAAAACAAAAGAAAGAAGAAUUGCAUAUACAAGGACCAGACCCUUAAAAAGAUUUCGAAAAGGGUUCCAUUGUGUUGUGGUCAUUAAGAUGGCAAAUGAAGUAACUGGUGUGUUAGCGUGUUAGUUUCUUUUCUGUUUUUUUUUUUGUUUUUUUUUUAAUUUCUCUUGUAUGUGUGACCAAGGAAAGCUGGCAGUAAUGUGUUUUACAAGGGUUUACAGCCCAUAAAUAGGUCAAUUAUCUUUUGUACUAAUUUAAUUACAAUAAUAACAAAAUUAUGAUCCUUGUAUGAGCACUCUCAAAUCAUGUGCAGGCAUUGUCAUAAUUAUUUCAUCUUCAAGCAAAAAAGUGAAGAAAUGUUCAAAGGGGGCAACCUUAAAUUCAAUGUGUAUUGCUGUAUGAGAGUGUGAUUUAUAUUCUUCUUAAUGAAAUCACCUUAUGUAUUUACAUUUAAAGCAUCACUGAUUAUAGCCUUUUUGUAGUUGUUGUAACACUUAGAAUUUAUUCAUAGUGUGCCAAGAAUUUGCUGUAGCUGCAUACAGCAGAGUGUUUAUGAUUGUGUGACGGUCUGGAACUUAGUCUUCCCUGUACUGCUCUUUAAGUAUCGGGUAUAUCGACAGUGCAUUGGAAAAUCUCCACAUUGUACAUAAAUAUGGUACUCUAGGGUGACUUGCCAGGUUCUAAUGUGCGAAAUGCAUGGGAAUAUUUCCUUAGUUCGAUGUUUAGAUAUACAAAUGAGAUAAAUGGUACAUGUUAAUUCUGCUGUAGGUGCUAGUGGUAUGUUUUUUGUUUUUUUUUUUGUGUAGAGGUGAGUGGGAGAGGCAAAAUUUGUUUUGAAUACCAAGAAUAUUUGUUGUUCUUUUUAGUUAAAAAGGGGGCUUAGGAUUCCCCUAAAUACUACUGCUGCCGUUGGGUGUUAUGGGCCAAACUAUGUUUAUCUCUAGGGAUUUUGCUGGAGCAAGAAGAAAGGAAGAUAUAUGCCACAGUCAGUUGACCUGGUGGAUUAUUUUCUGUCUUGGUUUAUAAUGUUUUGUCCAAGCUGCUGUUAACUAUACAUAAAUGGAAAAAUCCCUGUUGUUUAAUGGAGCUUUUCAUCAUAUAUACCAAUGAAAUUAAUAAAUCAAACAAUCAGUGUUCCAA